GGAUGACAGCGAAGACGGUCGCAGCCAACUUCCUCUCGUGCAUAUUUCUCUACAGAGAACGUCUGAUCAUGGUAGUAUGCCAUUAAUGUUGUGACGUGGUGUUAUAUAUAUAUUUUUUAAAACAAUAUAUUCGGCGAGACGCGUGUGCUGCAAAAAAGACGGCAAAUAUCGCAGAGAAAAAAUGAUGCAAGAUGAAGACUUAGGCGGUUCAGCGAGACGGAAUGUUAUCAGUCAAGGAAUAAUAAGAAUAUCGCAGAUAUAUCAAAGAUAUUUAGAUCUAUGGACACCCCAUGUAAUAUCAAGAUGGCUGUUUGCCCUAUUCUUAUUAGUCCUUUUUAUUCUACGUGUAUUUAUAUCUCAAGGAUGGUAUAUUGUUACAUACGCAUUAGGAAUUUAUCAUCUCAAUUUAUUCAUAGCAUUCCUUACUCCAAAAAUUGAUCCUGCAAUGGAUUUUGAUGAUGGAGAAGGCCCUGAAUUACCUACAAGAUCGAAUGAAGAGUUUAGGCCAUUUAUCAGAAGAUUACCUGAAUUUAAAUUUUGGUACUCAGUAACAAAAUCCACAAUUGUUGCCAUGAUAUGCACACUAUUCGAUUGCUUUAACAUACCAGUAUUCUGGCCAAUACUUGUUAUGUAUUUCAUAACAUUAUUCUGUAUCACGAUGAAACGGCAAAUAAAGCAUAUGAUUAAGUAUAGAUAUUUGCCUUUCACUCAUGGCAAACCAAAAUAUCAGAACCAUGAAGAUACUUCACGGUUGAUAUCGUCAAAGUGAAUAGAAGUGAAGAUACAUUGUGCCUGUGCAGGCGCGUAAGCGUGUAGAUUUCAAUUUCUUCUAGUACAGCGCAAGGAACAUUAAAAGAGCGAAAGAGAGAGAGAACUUAAAGAGAAAAAUUCUUUUUAAUAUUAUUACAGAAGAUGGAUAUUGCCUUGUGAAAAAGGAGAAGAUGAAUCAAGAAGAAGCGCUUAAUUUUUGAUUAUAUAAUAUACGGUAUAAUAAUUGAAUUAUAUAUAUCUUAAUAUAUUUGUAUCAUAAAACUUGUACAAAGUAUUGUUAGCUCUUAUCACAUUAAAAAAAAAAAGAAAAAAUUAUGCAUAGCAAUUGAUAUCGAAUGCAUUUGACAAUGUAAUACAAUGUGGAUGAAUGUAAGAAAUUCGUAUACAUAUAAGAUGUUAUUAUAAUUAAAUUUGUUUCUAACUUUA